AAGCCUCGGCGGCUCAAGCCAGCGCGAUGCGGUCCUAAACUGGCGCGCGGGGGGCGAUUCUUGCCAUGACCCCAUGUGUUGCAGUCCGAUGGCGCUGCAUUGCAAGAGUUCUGCUUGCAAGCUCUUUACUCUGGGUUUGCAGGCCUGGCAAUUGGACCUUCGCAGCAAGCUGUCCUCAUUGGUCCAAACCUGGACCAUCUAGCAGGAGUCUGGGACAAAGCGCGCGGAUCUCCAAGUGCGCAGGGGACCUGGGCGAGGUGAGGGAGGCUCCCAGACGUCAGAUGACAGUGAAGCAGUGGAUGAAGUAUUUAUUCUCCAUUCAUGGUGUCAGUGGCAUGCUCUCAGUCCUGGGUGGCAGCAUUUGGACCACGGUGCGAAUGGCUCAGGGCGUGAAGGAAGCCAGUCAUGCGGAGGUGGUCUUCAACGUGGUGCUGAGCGCCUUGAUCCUCAUCACGGGCAUCGAGCGCUUAAGGACACUUCGAAAUCAAGACGUUCUGCUGAAGUUCUGGGUCGGCAUCUCCAUCCAGAUCUUUGCGCUUUGCCAGGUCCUGGAAGCUCCUCUCAUUGGAUGGAUUCCCUACAAUAUCUUUGGGAACUGGAUCAGCCGGAUUUGGGGCAUCUUAUCAGUCUACUUCUAUGUGAAGUGGUUGCUCCAGAUCAAGAAGUGGAAUGAGGCUUAUGAGACGAAGAGUGACAAGACCGUGGCACGAAUCUUCCAUCCACUCAUGGCUCCUGCAAUGGGCUCUGUCGUGGUCAUGGAAGUCCUGACUUUUGUGAACUUCGUGGAAGUGCACUUCGAUCUCGUGUCCAGGUGUACAGCUGCGCAGAAUUUGUUCCUGGACUCGCAGUUGGUCUCCCUGGCCGUGAACAAUGUCGCGCAAUUCACGCUGACCCUGGCAAACCAAAAAAAAGUGGCCAAUAUUGCUCCUCUCUUCUAUUUGUUGGGCACCAUUGGCACCGUGCAGUUUGGAUUGCUGAUGUGGGUGCACAUGAAACACUUGGGCUUUGCAGGAUUGAAUCCAGUAAUGCUCGUUCCACUUCUUUGUCGAUGAGAAGGAUGUGAAGAAGAGGUGAAGAAGAUCUGACGAUGUGGGCUUUGAUUUCAUAGAUGAUUGAUGUGAUUCAUGCCAAGCAAUUAUGCAUCCAGCAGAUGGUCUGAAGAACAGUCCAGAGCUGGAAGUUUCCAGAUCGUCGGUCCUCUCGGUUUCCAGAAACAGUUUCCAGUCACGUGCGAUAGUUGUUUCGUUUUGCUUGCACUUUGCUUGCAAGUUGAAUUGCAAUUGAUGUGGUGCCAAUCAUUGAUGAAGUUGGUGGGCGCCAAGGAGGAACUCUCGAGUUAGGGGUCGC